CAUCACUGGAGAGAGAGAAAGAUAUAGAGACCUAGUGGGAGAGAGCGCUUGUGUGCGAGAGAGAGUUAACCACUGUCAAAGCCGAUUACAGCGCGUCCGGUCUGAUUCUUUCACUGUCCGUCCACUUGAGGGUUCUCCUCUCUGUGCGCCACACGCCUCUCGCUUUCGGCGGCUUUUACUGGCUGUUUACUUUAUAGAAGCGCAGCAUGGAUUGAUUCUAGUACAUGUGGCACUUGGGCAUCUUCACUAUGAGUUCCUCUGCAGGAGCGCCUCGGUCAGCGGGGCAACUUUUCCUUGCGCCCCGGCGCCGCUGAGCCGCGCUUCUCUCGGUGGGAAAGUUUACUCACAAACCCACGGCGAACAUGGGCUUGCGGUGAAAGUUCCGGUUGUCCCACUUUGUUCUCUCUCCAGAAUCGUCGGGCAAAAUGCAGAAGAGCGUCCGCUACAACGAAGGGCAUGCGCUGUUUCUGUCGGCUGUCGCGCGUAAAGAGGGAACCAAGCGCGGCUACUUGUGCAAGAAGGCGGCGGAGAACAGCAGAUGGCACGAGAAGUUCUUCGCCCUCUACCAGAAUAUACUAUUCUACUUCGAGAACGAGCAAAGCGCGCGACCUGCUGGGAUUUACCUGUUGGAAGGAUGCACCUGCGAGCGCGCACCAGCGCCCAAGAUGUCCACAACUGGGAAGGAGGCGCUGGAGAAACAGCACUACUUCCUCAUCGUGUUCGGUCACGAUGGACAGAAGCCUCUGGAGCUCCGAACAGAGGAGGAGUAUGAGUGUGAUGAAUGGGUGGAGGCCAUCCAGCAGGCCAGUUACUCAGACAUCAUCAUCGAGCGAGAGGUGCUGAUGCAGAAAUACAUCCACCUUGUGCAGAUUGUGGAGACGGAGAAGGUGGCUGCCAAUCAGCUGCGCACACAGCUCGAGGAUCAGGACACUGAAAUCGAGAGGCUCAAAGCAGAGAUUGUGGCUCUGAACAAAACUAAGGAGCGAAUGCGGCCUUACCACGUCUACCAUGAAAAUGAAGACCCGGAUAUAAAAAAGAUCAAAAAGGUGCAGAGUUUCAUGCGGGGCUGGCUCUGUCGGAGGAAGUGGAAGAUUAUUGUUCAGGACUACAUCUGCUCUCCUCACGCUGAGAGCAUGAGGAAGAGGAACCAGAUCGUCUUCAAUAUGGUGGAGGCAGAGACAGAGUACGUCCACCAGCUCUACAUCCUGGUCAACUGUUUCCUCAGACCUCUGAGGAUGGCCGCCAGCUCCAAGAAACCCCCCAUCAGCCACGACGAUGUCAGCAGCAUCUUCCUUAACAGUGAGACCAUCAUGUUUCUACAUGAGAUUUUCCAUCAAGGCUUGAAGGCGAGGAUAGCCAACUGGCCAACUCUGGUGCUGGCCGACCUGUUUGACAUCCUGCUGCCGAUGUUAAACAUCUACCAGGAGUUUGUACGUAACCAUCAGUACAGCCUGCAGGUCCUGGCCAACUGUAAGCAGAACAGAGACUUUGAUAAGCUGCUGAAACAGUAUGAGUCCAAUGCUGCCUGUGAGGGAAGGAUGCUCGAGACCUUCCUCACCUACCCCAUGUUCCAGAUUCCUCGUUACAUCAUCACCUUGCAUGAAUUACUGGCCCACACACCUCAUGAGCAUGUGGAGCGCAAGAGUCUUGAAUUCGCCAAGUCCAAAUUAGAGGAACUGUCUAGAGUGAUGCACGACGAGGUGAGCGACACAGAAAACAUUCGUAAGAACCUGGCCAUAGAGAGGAUGAUAGUGGAGGGAUGUGACAUCCUCCUGGACACCAGCCAGACCUUCGUCAGGCAGGGCUCUCUGAUCCAGCUGCCAUCGGUGGAGCGAGGGAAGCUAAGUAAAGUCCGUCUGGGCUCUCUGUCUCUGAAGAAGGAAGGGGAACGACAGUGUUUUCUCUUCACCAAACACUUCCUUGUCUGCACACGCAGCUCAGGAGGGAAACUACACCUUCUUAAGCAAGGUGGAGUCUUGUCCCUAAUUGACUGCACACUGAUCGAGGAACCAGACGCCAAUGACGAGGAGUCUAAAGCCGGGGGUCAAGUGUUCGGUCAACUGGACUUUAAGCUCGUAGUGGAGCCAACAGACUCACCUUCAUUUACUGUGGUGUUGUUGGCGCCGUCGCGGCAGGAGAAGGCUGCGUGGACCAGCGAUAUUAGCCAGUGCAUCGAUAACAUCCGCUGUAAUGGCUUGAUGACCAGUGUGUUUGAGGAAAACUCUAAAGUCACUGUGCCUCACAUGAUCAAAUCCGAUGUGCGUCUCCAUAAAGAUGAUGUUGACAUUUGCUUCAGCAAGACGCUCAACUCCUGCAAGGUCCCCCAGAUCCGUUACGCCAGCGUGGAGCGGCUGCUGGAGAGGCUGACCGACCUGCGCUUCCUCUCCAUAGACUUCCUCAACACCUUCCUGCACACGUACAGGAUCUUCACCACAGCGUCGGUGGUCAUGGACAAACUGGCCGACAUCUACAAGAAGCCCUUCUCCUCCAUACCCAUCAGGGCACAAUACCACUCAUUUGACCGUCUGUCCAUCUCAUCCAUCUGUCCUGACUACAGUCUGAAGAUCAAGAAGAUAGCCAUGGAUCAGUCCAAAUCUUUGGAGUUGUUUUUUGCCACCAACCAGAAUAACAGAAGUGGUGAGCACACAAAUGACAAAUCUCCUCGUCUCUGCCGUAAGUUCUCCUCUCCUCCCCCUCUGUCCAUCUCGUCCCGCACCUCCUCCCCCGUCCGAGCUCGGAAGCUCUCCCUCCACUCCCCCAUCACCGCCAGGGUGGGAGGCCUCGACCUCACCAGUCCUCUGUCCAACUCCAGCGUCAACCACAGCAAUUCCCAGUCCACUGCCAGCAGCCCCACAUCUGCCCACACCCCCCAGACUCCAACACCUCAGACCCCGACCCCAACCGCCUCCUCUCCUCCGCCUCCUCCCUCCUCCACCUCCCCCCCACCCAACAACUCCAAGUCACCGCAGGACCAAGUUCCCCCCAUUCCCUCGUCCCCUGACCAGAGUCCCUGCCAAACUGCAGAGGGGGAGGAGGUGCCCAGGAUCGACCCCUUCUGUGGGAAACUGCGACGGAGCAUCCGCAGAGCUGUGCUGGAAUCAGUUUCCCUGGAGAAAAUCAUCCCCGAGUCUCCACAGGGCAGCGAAGCAGGAGACAUGUCUCCAUGUCGCUCUCCUUCCACACCUCGACACCUCCGCUACAGACAGCCUGGAGUCCAGUCAGGCGAGAACUCCCGCUGCUCCGUCUCUCCUGCCUCUGCCUUCGCCAUCGCCACAGCAGCAGCAGGACACGGUACACCACCAGUGUUUACUAACUCUGAAAGAACCUGUGAUAAAGAGUUCAUCAUUCGCCGGGCUGCAACUAACAGAGUGCUCAACGUGUUGCGCCACUGGGUCUCCAAGCACUCGCAGGACUUCGAGAUGAACGGGGAGCUGAAGAUGUCGGUGAUCUGUCUUCUGGAGGAGGUGCUCAGAGAUCCAGACCUGCUGCCUCAGGAGAGAAAAGCUACUGCAAACAUACUAAGUGCCCUUUCUCAAGACGAGCAGGAAGACGCCCAGCUGAGGAUAGAAGACAUCUUACAGAUGGCUGACUGUCCGAAGGCAGAGUGUUUCGAGUCUCUCUCAGCGAUGGAGUUGGCCGAGCAGAUCACUCUGCUGGAUCACAUCGUCUUCCGGAGCAUUCCCUAUGAAGAGUUCCUGGGCCAGGGCUGGAUGAAGGAGGAUAAGACGGACAGGACGCCCUACAUCAUGAAAACUAGUCAACACUUCAAUGAUAUGAGCAACCUGGUGGCAUCGCAGAUUAUGACCCACACUGAUGUGGGCUCCAGGGCCAGCUCCAUCGAGAAAUGGGUUGCUGUGGCGGACAUCUGCCGCUGUCUGAACAACUACAACGGAGUGCUGGAGAUCACAUCUGCACUCAAUCGCAGCGCCAUCUACCGCUUAAAGAAGACCUGGGCUAAAAUCAGCAAACAGACUAAAGCCCUGAUGGACAAACUGCAGAAGACUGUCUCCUCUGAGGGAAGAUUCAAAAAUCUGAGGGAGACGCUGAAAAACUGCAACCCUCCAUGUGUGCCGUACUUGGGAAUGUAUCUGACAGACUUGGCCUUUAUUGAGGAGGGAACACCAAAUUUUACUGAGGAGGGUCUCGUUAACUUCUCUAAAAUGAGGAUGAUAUCCCACAUCAUCAGAGAGAUCCGACAGUUCCAGCAGACGCCGUACAGAAUAGAGCAUCAAGCCAAGGUGACGCAGUACCUUCUGGAUAAGACUCUGAUCAUGGAUGAGGACACGCUCUACGAUCUCUCACUGAAGAUCGAGCCCAGGCUUCCUGCCUGAGUUACAGCUGUCUGUGGCCUGUGGGAGCCUGUCAAACCUGGACCCCCUCCCCUCAAAGGGUGACACACCCCUGUAAUCUCAUCAACCGAGAGAAAAUUGGGAGAAAAGUUUUGAGAGCGACAUGGAAAUGGAAAGAGAUACUUACUGAAAUGGGAGGUAUCUAGGAGAUGAACAAGCUUGAGAGUUUUACAAGUUAUUGAGAGGGCAUGAGAGGAAGACAGGAAUGUGUAAGGUGUUGGUUGGACUGAUUGUCUUCUUGGAGCGGACUACACUUUGGUUGCAUCGCAUGAGGGUUUUGAGGAAAUUACAUGUCGCUGUGUGUGCUCGUCAUUCCUCAGUCCAGAGUGUGGUGCACACGGCUUCCUCAGACAGCCUGAAAGUGCAGGAAAGAGUGAGAGCAUGGAGCGAGUGGAUGACACACGGUGGAUAUAACAGAGAUGUAGCAUAUACAGAUAGUGUGACAGAGAGAUGUCUGAGCUUGUGUCUCUGUGCUGUUGUCUGUGUUCUGUUGCCUGUGCAUUUCCGUGCCAUGUCCUGGAGCAAGAGCCCCAAAAUGCUUUCUGUUAUGAUGGUCACCGCAUAAAACUUGCAUGAUUUCAGCUUGGGAUGUAACUGUGUAAAAAAAAAAAACAAAACAAACAAAAAAAAGGCCUUCAACCUGACCCCUGACCCUCAGCUUAGCAUGCCUCACUCUUAGCAGGGUGACUUUCUAAGCCACUAUGCAUCCUCAGUGGGCUGGGUACGGCGAAAUGCCUUUAAGCCUUCAAAUAUGAUAUAGAAAGACACAAAAAUGAAACCUAAAAUUAGAUAUAUUUUGAUUGUUUCAUAUUUUUCCCUUCAUGAAACAAUUAUUUGUCUUUAGUCACCUUUUGGCUAAAAACUUUCCACUAGAUUGAAAAGCUUUUUUUUUUUUUUUUUUUUUUAAAUAAAAAUGUCCACAUGAAUGAUAGAAAUUAAAAAAAGAAAAAGUCAGUGCCUUCCACUAGUGUUGGUCCCUAGAAUUGACAAUGUGCAAGCAUAAAGUUUUAUAUAAAUCUUAAUAUUUCCUUUUAAAAAAUUAACUAGAGUUACGAAUUAAAUGUCUUUUUUUCAGAAAAUAGGUCAUGUAGACUAAACAGUAGCAUGUUAGUGUGAACACAGUAAAGUCACUGCAGCAUCUGAUCAUCAGCAAAUAUCUCCCUCUACUGCUUCAACGUUGUUAUAACCUCCACUAACCCAAAGCUUUCGCAGCAUUUGUGUGCUGUUUUAUUUGACUCUUAUAAACUGUCGCCUGUGCUAAAGUGUGAAGUCAUGUUUCUGUGUGUAACCAGCCAUGACUACAGUUUAGGCUGGGACGGUUUUUUUGCACUCUGAGAUGUAGCUUUGCUUGAUUGACAGUGAAAUCGUUACUUAAACAGCUAUUUAUUUAAUCAUAUACUGUAUGUAUGUUAUUUUUGUAUAUAGUGACUUUACACAUAUCAUACGAUUGAUGAAGAAAUCUGAAUUGUUAUGCUGUGAAUAUUGAUUUAUCGUUGUUUUUUUAAUUUCUUUCUUUCUAGCUUUCAUGUUGAAUUCUAGUUUUGCAUCCCAGGCUCUUGUAUAGAAAGAACUCUGUUUAACUUUAUUCUUAAGAAAAAAAAGAUGCCUUUUAAAGGUUAAAAAAAUGUAGCAUUUGAAUAAUCAGACUUUGUUUUCUGUAUUGAUGAUAUGAUGAAUAUAGUUGUCCUGCAUGCACACAACAGCUGCAUGUUGUGCACGUCUGACUGGACGCUCCCUGUACUUUCUUCCUCUGCUUCUCUAUAUUAAUAUCGUCUCUGUAGCUGUCAGGAAAAAGCUAUGAAAACAAUAUUUGUCCAUCAAAUCUGGCAUGUUUGUCUCCUAGUUUACCUCACGAAUUCAAGCCUAGACUCUAGGACAUGCCAUCUGCAAAACAGCGUGUUGUUAUGCAGUAGCAGUGUUGGAUCUUUCCUCAUUAAACAAUGAUCUUGUUCCAAAUCGAUUAGAGGGAAUGUUUCCAGAUUUUGCUUUUGGGAAAACUUUGUCCUUUGCACUGCGUCUUUAACUCAGAGUGUCUGUUUUACAUACAGGUUUGGGAAUGCAGGAUGCUGUGUUUGUAUUGUAAUAUUAUUUUUGUGUACUUGUUUGUGUGUUUAUUUAUUUGUUUGCAUUUUUUCAUGUGUGGGUGCAGGGAAAAUAAACUCAACAUGCCUUA